UCCGCAUUGACAAGCAGGAUGAACGCAGCGCAGGCGCCUUCGCAGAGCAAGCGGCCGCCCGAGAAGGGCUCGUUCCCUCUGGACCACUACGGCGAGUGUAAGCCUGCAAUGAAGGAGUUCUUAGCCUGCAUGCGCGAGCACAGUAAUAGCCACAUCGACUGCAAGAAGCUCUCGGCCGCCUAUCUGCAGUGCCGCAUGGACAAGGGCCUGAUGAAGCCCGAAGAGCUGGAAAAGCUGGGCUUCCACGAGGAAGGCAUGAAGAAGACAUGGACGGAAGAGACUAACGAGGGCAGAAAGGAAGGCGAGGGCUUUGUGGCAGGCCUCGGCAUCAAGAAAUCACGCUACGACAAGAAGUAGCAACAGUAUUAUCCUCUCUUUUUACGAGAAGAGCAACAUCUCUAGAUAUCUAUCUCCUAACCAGACAGACCAACGAACAAUCAAAAACCGGCAGCGAGCGACGUCGCUGCCGCUCUAUUUCCCAGUCCGACGGCUCCCUGUCGUCUCCAGCUCCAAGAUGCGCAGGCGUAGAGAACUAAUUUCAGUCGCAGCUUCGCGUGCAUUCGUCUGCAUUUGCUGUUCCAGGACCUGGACGCGUACACGCAGCAGGGCCUCUCGCGUCUCACAAUCUCCACCGUCGAUAUCUGGCAUCUCAGUUCCGAGUGCGUGCUGACGUAUUGAUGACCGCUCCGGUAUCUCUGUUGACUGCUGUGCGACUGUCCGCUCGAAUUGACGAAUCACUUUCUCCUGCAUCCGCACCGCUUUCUAGCAAGACACGACGGUGGUGAGUCAAACACGCAGCUUAGUCUAUAGCAAGGAACAGGCCAUCCUCACCUUGAGCGCGGUUGCUUGCUGUUUGUCACGCUGUAGGCGCUGCACCAGAGCUGAUUGUACCAGGUGAGCCUCCUGCAGCUUGUCAUGACGCGUCUCUAGGUCGGCGAGCGAGCUCAAAGAUUCCUGUGCAUCAGUUAAUUGCUGCUUCACGGCUUGGUAUUCACGAUCCAGCUCAUUGUACUUCGUGGCUAGCAACGUGAACCGCUGCGAUGCUGCUUGAUGCUCUGGGCGCACAGGGAAAGCUACUCCAUUCCCAUUGGUAGAGGCCAUUAACUCGGCUAAUUGCUGCUGCUCUCGACGCUGUGCAGACUCGAUCUGCUCCUUGAGUUGUUGUAUCUGCUGAUCUUUUUGACGUGCCUC